CCUCUUCCUAGUGAGUAACAGCAUGGCUUUCCAGUUGUAUUUCUAUUCCAUGGCCUUUUAGCAGUCUUUCCUACUGUUUUCUUAUCACCUGUUCUCCACAUGCCAGAGGCACUGUGCGUUUCUGUGCUUCUCAUCCUCCCACAGAACUUUCAGGGUUGCUUUUGGACUUGAAAGCAGUGAACUUUCUGGAAGGGAUAGUGAAGGGAUUUCAAAGAGUAGAACUGUCUCCCUUGAAGAAAUUUACAAGUCUUGCACACAUAAACUCGCUUUAAGAAUUUUCUGAUGUAGUUCUUAAGCAUGAGAAUGUCUUCAUGCUAGUUACCUGAGUCACUAUAUGCAUUCAGAAAAAUAUAUUGAACUUUGGAGGCAUUUGUAAUAGGUGUAUGUAAUAUUUUUAGCAUAUGUUCUGAGUUACCUCUCCUUGCAAAACCUCACAGUUAAUUACUUCUUGGUUCCUAAGGCUUUAAUUUACAAACCAAAAGGAAGGCUAUGAAAAAAAUCAACAAAAAGAUUAUUAAUAGAUAAAAGAUGUCUAUGGCAGUAUGCCUUUUUAUCUCCUGAAACAAUAGCAAAUUCUUCAUCAGCAGAUUUAUCUAUGAGGGUGUGGUUUCAUGGGCAUGGAUUUAGUCCUUGCAAAUGCCAGUAUGGGCUCACUGAACAGAAAAUCAAAAAAUUUCAACUUUUGACUUAAAAGAAGAAACUUAGCAGCUGUUUCAGUUUCUUAGUGUCAAAGCAUAGAUGUGUUCAGGCUUAGGGGGUAAUAGCAAACCAAAUUACUGUAUGUAUCAUUCAGUUAAUAAAAAAAAAAUUGUGAGUUAAGGAGUGAUUGCAAAUUUCUACCAUUUCUACCAAAAAUGAAUUGUUGUAUAGGACCUAAAAUGGGUCUAUGUAUUGUUAGAGUUAUUGUUAUGGUUCUGUGUGUUGUUAGAGCAUUGUGGCUAGAAACUGUGUUAUCUGUCUGGACAUACAGUGAUUUCUAUAAUAAAUACUUUAAAUAAUAUGUAAUUUAAUAAUGUAAAUAUUCUUAAAGCAUUUGUGUUCUGUUCAACAAAAAACUAGGGGAAGAAUAAUGAUCUUGGUUUUACUAGGUAGAUUGACUGUGGAAUUCUCUUGUGUCAGACGAAUGUCAUAGGUGGGUCUUUGGGCUGUGAACAAUUCCUGAUUCGGCCAGCCUGGCCUGAGAAGCCAGCAAGUCAAUAAAUGAUACUCUGGAAAAGCCAGAUAAGAGAUGUCCUUAGUUGUGUGCUGUGUCAGAGGAAUGGCAAUGUUAUCUCACAGUGCCAGGAUAAGGUACCAUUUUUCCAGCAAGCAGGAAGAAGCUGUUUUAGGAGACUUCAUCUUGAAAGCUCUGCUAAAGCAGAAGGAAGGGUGGAAGGGGAGGAGACUGCCAGUUCCGGAGCUCUCCUUGUAAUGCAGGGAAUGAGGAGAAGAAAAAACCAUGGGCAGCUCCACUUGAAAUUACUCGAAAUGUUCACUCACUAUUCAGGUGGCCGUGGUUCUUGGCGACUUCUGCAUAAUGCAGGUGUGUCGCUGUCUCCAGGCUCAGUUGAAGACAUUGCUCAUGUGGUGGUUCUUAGGCCAGAUGCAGGGAAAAUGGGUUUCUUGAGAGAAAGAUCUUUCUCAGAUUUCUCCAGUGCUUUUCACAUGCUGAGUCCUUUCAAGCAAUUCUUCCACGAGGUGGCACCGUUCCCUGGGAGAGGCUGCUGCGCUGCCUGGGGUCAAAGGGCUCAGGGAUGCUUCCGGGCAGAACCCACUUCAGGAGCUUUCUGAAAAUGGCUGUACUUUUCCACUGAAAAUGGACGAUGAUGAUGACAUCCCCCAGCUUUCAUCCCAUACGUUGGCUGCCCUCCAGGAGUUCUAUUUGGAGCAGCAGCAGAGAGAAGGCAUGAAGACCUCCCAAGGGUUUAAUCAAUAUUCCAUUGGCUCAAUAGAAGAAGACUGGCAACUGAGCCAGUUUUGGUACAGUGAUGAAACUGCAUCGUGCCUGGCUAAGGAAGCAGUUCUGGCAGCUGGAAAAGGUGGCAGGAUAGCAUGUGUCAGUGCACCGAGUGUGUACCAGAAACUGAAAGAACAGGACGGUGAAGGUUUUUCUGUGUGUAUACUGGAGUAUGACAGAAGGUUUUCAGUGUAUGGAGAAGAAUUUAUCUUCUAUGAUUACAACCACCCUUUGGACUUACCUGAAAAUGUCCUGCCACACAGUUUUGACAUUGUAAUAGCUGAUCCACCCUAUCUAUCUGAGGAAUGUCUUCAAAAGACUGCAGAGACCAUCAAAUAUCUAACAAAAGGAAAGAUUCUGCUUUGUACAGGUGCAGUCAUGGAGGAACAGGCAGCAAAGCAUCUUGAUGUGAAGAUGUGCAAGUUUAUUCCAAAACACUCACGAAAUUUAGCCAAUGAAUUUCGAUGUUAUGUGAACUAUGCUUCUGGACUGGACUGAUUCUCCUAAGAUCAUCUACAGAUCUACAACAAGUCAAGCUUCUUUCUGUUUUUUAUCAGUUACACCACAUUUCUCAGAGCUGGAAUAUCCAUCUCUGAGUACUGUUUUCUGGGAUAUCUGGAAUCAACACAGUGUGAUAGCCUCUCUCUUUUAAAUGAGUAAGCAUUUGCAGUUACCGUGUUUUAUAUUAGGAAAAUGCAGACCAAGCAAUGCAAGUGCUGGAUAAUGGGAACUUCUCUGUUAGAGUUUUUCAUUUUAACUGGUAGCUUUUACCAUUUGAGGACACAUCAGUGAGCUCUUAGAAGUGAUUUUAGCUUAUAGCAACACAUAGGUGUUUGCCUUGCAGGCAUCAGAGUCAUCAUUGCCAAAGAAUUUGAUACUUCAUGUUCCUUACAUCUUGACCCAUACAUGUUCCUUAAAUCUUGAACCAUAAUGGCUCUGAUUAAGUGUAGUGCCUGCUUUUUAAUAAUUUCAAUAUCAAACUAAAGAGGAUCUACAGGUAUGUCAAGUUUAUAGUUAUAAGAAUGUUUUUUUUUCAGUUGUCUGGUUUUAUCUUUUUCUCCUGUUCUACAGACACCAGCAGAGCAGUAGAAUAGAAGCAUCUUAAAAAUCAUUGAAUCUUACAAGGCCACUGAGGAAUAACAUAUUGAUAAAUUCCCACUGUUUCAAAUAGAAAAGUGUUAGAUUUAUAUUCAAGGUUUGGAUUAUACGUCAGUCAAAAUAGAUGAUACAUUGGAAAAACUUUGCAUAAGUAGAGAUUUUUGAUAAUUGGAAAUUUUAAAGCCAGUUUUGACUAACCUUUUAACUACACUACUAAAGUAUUUUUGGGUGAAAGUUCAUAAGUUUCAAGGCACUCAACACUUAUAAUCUCUAAAAACACUCUACAAAACACAAGCACUUGUCUUUGUAUGUCGCACCGUGUAAAGGCUAACCAAAAUGCUGCAUCUACAAACUGAAUCACAUAAAAUCAAGUACAAAAUUUAUUUUGUGGUGGGAGUAAACCUAAUUAAGCUUGUGAUAAGAGACUUUUUAUAAGGCAGUUUCUGCUGUUUGGAUGCAGAUUUUCCCAUCUAGUGGAGUAAACAGCUGAGCAGAAAUAAUAUAGAUGGAUUAUAAUCCUCCCUCAGAGAGGCACUCAGAGAAUGGUGCUGUCUGAGCUGGACACAACUGUGGUUCAUAAAUAUCCACCCAAGCCACUGUAGCUCUCCUCCCCAUUUUCCAAGAGAUCUGUUUGCUUCCCAAGGGUUUGCCCUCCUCGUAUUUUAUACCUGCUACUUCUUUGCUGCAUGUAGUGUUCCAUGGUAGCAGUUUUCUUCUUCUUUGACAUGCCUUGGUUUCUGUCAGAGUGGUCACAGGUGGUGUUAAAAUGAGGGAAGUGCAGCAGAGGAAGUGCUCACAGGGAGAACAGGCACUGGCCUCUCCUUUCUGCUCUGUGAGCCCAGGGCCCAUACAGUCUUGCCUUUCAAACCAGAUGCCAUCCUUGCUGCUGAGCCAGAACUCCCCUGGAAAUGACUGUCCACAGGUGAAAUACAGCUGGGUUUAGUUGUUUUCCAGGAGGCUACACCAUCACUUUUAUGUGGCCAGGUUGAAAAUAAAGCAAAUCACAAUGGUAACUGCAUAGCUGCUGGCACUAAGCUGUACUUUAAACUGGUUUAUUACCUCGGUGUCUUCACACCAAGCAGAUGGAGACAAUGAAGUAACUCGUGAAACUUUGUUUUUAACUACACAGAGGCUUCAAGUGGGACAGGUAUGAUUGCUGGAAGGGAUGAUACUGUUCCCCUGCCACCCACCUAAAUUAGAAUGUGCUGUUCAAAUCAAAGCCUCACCUGCUUUGCUGCUUGGCUCACUUCAUUUUGGUAAAUGUGUUAUUGGACUCCCCAUAGCAAGAGUUAAAAGUCAACUUGGCUAACUUCAUCAGAGGUAUUUCUUAAAAAGUGCACCAUUCAGUUGUACCAAGAAGUUCACUUCCAAGAAAAUCACUGCUGCUUCUCACAUGUAGGUCAGACCGCUUUGAAAAGGGGCACUGUGAAGAUGCAUAGUUAUGGAACUGAGGGUGCAUGAAAAUCUGUGCAGAUGCAUUCAACACAGCAGCCCAUUGUCCACCAGCUUUCCUCUUAAAAGCCUGGAGAGUGCAGGCAGCUGCCCAAGCAGAGCUUUAACAGCCUUCAUCAGUGAUGGGAGGUAAACUCUUUUUGUCAUACUUGAUUCCAAAUAGCUGUUUCUGAGAAGGGUACAAGUCACAAAUAUCCAUAGUGAAUUUGUAUUUUGUGCCAGUGUAGUAAGUUUAAGAAAUAGUAUGUGACAGCAAAACCCUCUUUUCUUCUGUAACAGGAUUGUGAAUAAAAAUAUCAGUGUCAAGUAGUGAUUGACU